UUCCUUGCAGUUUUAUGUGCUGAAAGAGUGGGCCAGAUGACUAAAACAUACAAUGACAUAGAUGCUGUUACACGUCUUCUUGAAGAGAAAGAACGAGACUUAGAAUUAGCUGCUCGGAUUGGCCAGUCGCUAUUGAAGAAGAAUAAAUCACUGACAGAAAGAAAUGAGUUCCUGGAGGAGCAAGUAGAACACAUCAGGGAAGAGGUUUCUCAGUUGCGGCAUGAACUCUCCAUGAAAGAUGAGCUGCUCCAGUUCUACACCAGUGCUGCUGAAGAAAGCGAGCCAGAGUCCAUCUGUUCCACCCCGCUGAAGAGGAAUGAAUCUUCCUCCUCUGUCCAGAACUACUUUCAUUUGGAUUCUCUUCAAAAGAAACUCAAGGACCUUGAAGAGGAGAAUGUUGUGCUUAGAUCUGAGGCCUGUCAGCUGAAGACUGAAACAAUUACUUACGAAGAGAAGGAACAACAGCUUGUCAAUGACUGUGUAAAAGAGCUAAGGGAUGCAAACAUCCAGAUUGCCAAUCUCUCUGAAGAGUUAGCAAAGAAGACGGAAGAUGCUGCCCGGCAGCAGGAAGAAAUCACCCAUCUUCUUUCUCAGAUAGUCGAUCUACAGAAAAAGUCAAAAGCUUGCGCAGUUGAAAAUGAGGAGCUCGUCCAGCAUUUGGGAGCAGCUAAAGAUGCCCAGAGACAGCUCACAGCAGAGUUGCGAGAGCUGGAAGACAAAUAUGCAGAGUGCAUGGAAAUGCUUCAUGAGGCGCAAGAAGAGCUGAAAAACCUUAGGAACAAGACUAUGCCAAACGCCAUAUCACGACGGUACCACUCUCUCGGUCUCUUCCCUAUGGACUCUUUGGCAGCAGAGAUAGAAGGGUCAAUGAGGAAAGAACUGCAUUUAGAUGAACCUGACUCUCCUGACUUGGCUCAUCAGAAGCGGGUCUUUGAGACGGUGAGGAACGUUAACCAAGUCGUCAAGCAGAGAUCCAUGACUCCAUCACCAAUGAAUAUCCCAGGCUCUAACCAGUCCUCUGCUAUGAACUCAGUCAUGUCUAGCUGUGUCAGCACUCCACGUUCCAGUUUCUAUGGGGGAGACAUCUCUAACAUUGUGAUAGACAACAAGACCAACAGCAUCAUCUUAGAGACAGAAUCCUCUGACAACGGAAAUGAAGACAGGAUGAAGAAGCCCGGAACGCCGGGAACUCCAGGCUCCAGUGACCUAGAGACUGCUCUCCGUAGGCUGUCCCUCCGGCGGGAGAAUUACCUCUCAGAGCGGAAAUUCUUCGAGGAAGAGCAGGAAAGAAAGCUGCGGGAACUGGCAGAAAAGGGCGAGCUCCACAGUGGUUCCGUCACCCCCACAGAGAGCAUCAUGUCACUGGGAACUCACUCCAGGUUUUCAGAGUUCACUGGAUAUUCAGGAAUGUCUAUCAGCAGUCGCUCCUACCUGCCCGAAAAGCUUCAGAUUGUGAAACCACUAGAAGGUUCUGCCACUUUGCACCACUGGCAGCAGCUGGCUCAGCCUCACCUGGCCGGGAUCCUGGACCCCAGGCCCGGGGUUGUCACCAAGGGCUUCCGGACCCUGGACCUGGACCUAGAUGAAGUGUACUGCCUUAAUGACUAUGAGGAAGAUGAGACAGGUGACAUUUCUUACAAGGGCCUAACUACCUCGACGCCAGUUCAGCACACGGAGACCUCAGUACCUCAUCCUGGGAAGUGCAUGUCACAAACCAACUCCACCUUCACCUUCACCACCUGCCGCAUUCUGCACCCUUCCGAUGAGCUCACACGAGUCACACCAAGCCUUAACGCAGCACCUACUCCAGCUUGUGGCAGCAUUAGCAAUUUGAAAGGCACGCCGGUGGCUACCCCCUGCACCCCUCGGCGUCUGAGCUUGGCCGAAUCCUUCACAAACCUCCGGGAAUCCACCACAACGAUGAGCACGUCCCUGGGGCUGGUGUGGCUGCUGAAGGAAAGGGGCAUCUCAGCAGCAGUGUACAACUCGCAGAGCUGGGACAGAGCCAGCAGAGGCACCCUCCUGAGCAUGUACCCCCCGAAAAUGGCCAUCAUUCCUUCCACUCCGCCCAACUCGCCUAUGCAGACACCUUCUUCGUCCCCUCCGUCUUUUGAGUUCAAGUGCACCAGCCCACCUUACGACAACUUCUUGGCUUCAAAGCCCGCCAGCUCCAUCUUGAAGGAGGUGAGGAAUAAAAAGAACAUCAGGAACAGCGAGAGCCAGACCGACGUGUCUGUUUCCAACCUUAAUCUCGUGGACAAAGUCAAGAGGUUCGGUAUCGCCAAAGUCGUGAGCCCAGGGCAAGUGUCAGCUCCUCCUUUAACUGAUGACCAGGGACCUCUUCGCUGUGGCGGGGCACAAGGACCGGUGAGGACCCUUGUUCCUGGAGGCCUGGCACCAGAGGGGCUCCCGCUGGGCUGCCCAGCCGUCACCAGUGCCGUCGGGGCCAUCCAGCUCAACACGGGCAUCCGCAGGAACCGGAGCUUCCCCACCAUGGUGGGUUCCAGCAUGCAGAUGAAAGGCCCCACGUCUCUCACCUCGGGGAUCCUCAUGGGAACAAAGCUCCCCAAGCAAACUAGCUUACGAUGA